CAGGCACUUAGUAAUACUUUUUUUAUUAUUUGGAUAUACUUUGAAAUACCCAUGGAUUUUUUAAACGAUAGUAUUUUUUUCCUCGGAGACACUAAUUCAACAACAACAACAACAGAUGGGGCUCUUCACUGCAGUGCCAUUCUCCCCGUCAUCUUUGGCAUCAUCUGCUUUCUGGGUAUCAUGGGGAACUGUAUUGUCAUCUACACCAUAAUGAAAAAGACCAAGUGCUGUGCCAAGCAAACUGUUCCAGACAUAUUUAUCUUAAAUUUGUCAAUUGUUGAUCUCCUGUUCCUCCUUGGUAUGCCAUUCCUCAUCCACCAGCUGCUGGGCAACGGCACCUGGCACUUUGGAGCCGAAAUGUGUAGAGUCAUCACUGCGCUUGACUCCAAUAGCCAGAUUGUCAGUACUUACAUCCUCACUGCAAUGACCCUCGACCGUUACUUGGCUACGGUCCAUCCCAUCCGCUUCAACUACAUCCGCACACCUUGUGUGGCAGCGCUGGUCAUUGGCCUGGUGUGGGGUCUGUCCUUACUCACCAUCAUCCCCGUGUGGAUGUAUGCAGGCCUGAUGCCUCUACCUGAUGGCCUGGUGGCCUGUGCUCUCCUUCUGCCUGACGCAGUCACUGACAUAUACUGGUUUACGCUUUACCAGUUCUUCUUGGCCUUUGCUAUACCUUUGGCCAUCAUCUGCCUGGUGUUUUUCAAGAUCCUCCAGCACAUGUCCGCCAGCGUUGCACCACUGCCUCCGUGGAGUUUGAGGGUGCGCACCAGAAAGGUGACCCGGAUGGCAGUGGCUAUCUGCCUGGCUUUUUUCAUCUGUUGGGCCCCUUACUACAUCCUUCAGCUGAUCCAUCUAGGGGUGCAGAAGCCAAGCAUAGCUUUCUCCUAUGCCUACAACAUAGCCAUUAGCAUGGGAUAUGCUAACAGUUGCAUCAACCCAUUCCUCUACAUUACCCUUAGUGAGACCUUCAAGAGGCAGUUUCUCAGGGCUGUACGCCCAGUUAACAGAAAGUUCCGUGUGAACCCGAGCACCACAGAGCGUGGCAGUGUGAGUGUGAGAAUGGUACCUGAAGGGGCUCAGCAGGAGCCAGCCUCUCGGGAGAUGAUACCAUCCAACAUGGCCCCACAAUAAAGAAUCCAAAUAACGUGCAACUGUGGAUCUGUGCAGCUGGUAAGCACUAUG